CUUGAUUUUCGUGGCCCACGGCAAGUGCCCACGCUGCCCUCGGCCGGCCGCGUGCGCCGGCUCCCGAGGGCGCGGGGCUGCGAGGGUGCUGCCAGGCCUGGAGGCGUCCGAGCCACGCCCUGCAGUCACCGAGGAGGCCCGACACCGGGAGGGGCCCUUGGCUCAGCGUCCGGCUGUGGGGAGCCUUCGGCGGUUCUGAUCGGCCCGCAGGAAGGCUCCGGAAGAGAUCGUGGCUGUCCCCUGUGGGGUUCAUGGGCAACGGCAGGGGCUCCCCGGAGCGGCCGGGCCCGCCAUGCUGCAGUGCAGGCCGGCCCAGGAGUUCAGCUUCGGCCCGCGGGCCCUGAAGGAGGCGCUGGUGUCCAGCGACCCCACCCUGCGGCGUCUCUACGCGUCUGCCUUCACCCCUGCGGAGAGGCUGUUCCUGGCCGAGGCCUACAACCCCCAGAGGACCCUCUUCUGCACGCUGCUCAUCCACACGGCCUUCGACUGGCUCCUCAGCCGUCCCGAGGCCCCCGAGGACUUCCAGACCUUCCACGCCUCCCUGCCGCCCCGGAGGCAGAGCCCUGCCCGGAAGCACAUCUACCUGCAGCCCAUCGAUCUGAGCGAGGGCCCGGCGGGUGGCGCUCUGCUGGAGUACCUGCGCGACUGCACGGAGGCCUUCUUCCUGGGCUUGCAGGUCCGGUGCCUGCCCUCGGUGGCGGCCGCGUCCAUACACUGCUCCUCACGUCCCAGCCAGGACUCCGACAGGCUCCAGCUCCACACGGACGGGAUCCUGUCUUUCCUGAAGAGCAGCAAGCCGGGCGACGCGCUGUGCGUGCUGGGCCUCACGCUGUCUGACCUGUACCCCUGCGAGGCCUGGAGCUUCACGUUCGGCAAGUUCCUGCCAGGGCACGAAGUGGGCGUUUGCAGCUUUGCCCGUUUCUCGGGGGAGCUCCUGCAGCCGGGGCCUGGCGCCUCGGAGGCAGCCCCGGUCCAGGCGGCAGCCGACGGCCCUGAGACACCAGUGCAGGACCCAGGCCAGACACUGUGCUUCAGCGCCCUGGGGCUGGCCCAGUGCUGCAAGGUCACCUGCCACGAGCUCUGUCACCUGCUGGGCCUGGGGAGCUGCCGCUGGCUGGGCUGCAUCAUGCAGGGGGCGCUCAGCCUGGAGGAGGCCCUGCGGCGGCCCCUGGACCUCUGUCCCAUAUGUCUGCGGAAGCUGCAGCACGUCCUGGGCUUCAAGCUCAUCGACAGGUACAAGAGACUUUACGCCUGGACUCGAGCCGGGUCGCGGCCCGACGCGGAUGCAGGGGCGCCGUCCGCCUCGGACGAGACUCCGCCCUGCAGCGCCGACUCGGGCCUGAGCUGCGACAGCGGGUCGGAGCCCCUGACCCCCGACACGUGGAGCCACACCUUCUCCGCGGGCCCCGAGCCGGAGCCCGAGGAGGGGCUGGGCUCCCCGGCCGCCCCGGACAGCCCGCCUGGGUGCGGCCCCGCCGUGGACGCCAUCAGGGAGCACGGACGGUGGCUGGAGCGCUGCAUCCGGGCCCUGGAGCGGGAGGUGACGGAGGAGGAGCUGGCGCAGGUGGACGGCGCCGUGGAGGCCCUGGCGGGGUGGGAGAUGUUCACGGGGCGGCUCCCGGCCCCCAGGCAGGGCCCGCCCUGCGGCCGAGACGGCUCGGGGCUGCGCCGGGUCCUGGGCGACACGUUCUCCUCCCUGAGGAGGAAGCUGAGCGCGCGCAAGCUGUCCAAGGCGGGCUCGUCCCCCGGCCGCUGGCGGGAGGAGGGGAAUUAGACGGGGGCCCACCGCCCGGUGCUGUCGCCCGGAGGGGAACAUCGCGUGGGGCCCUGCGUCCUGGCCCCUCACCCCGACCCCUGCGGAGGGUCCUGGGGCCCAGCCUGGAUGGCGGCUUCCUGGGCCU